AAUUUAGAGGAUCGUCAUUCAGAAUGACUUUGAACUUCUCGCAGUCUAUUCGAAGAGACAGCGAUGCCGGAAUCCCGACGACAACUAGACGAUACCCUAGGGGUUCUUCUAGCACGCCGGAAAUCUCAUGGAAGACUUAGGAGGUUGAGUAACGCUCCACCUAACUCCGUUGACUUCUCAUCAAACGGCUACCUAUCAUUGUCGACAAAUCCGGUAAUCCAGAAAUCUUUGGUGUCACGGCUAGAGUCCGAACUCGCAAACUCUGAGAAUAGCAACGCAUUGCGUCGGCGCUCAAUUCUCGGCUCAGGAGGCUCCCGUCUUCUUGAUGGAAACUCGUCGUUUGCAGAAUCUCUCGAGGCGAAAAUUGCAUCUUUUCACAAUGCAGAAGCUGCGCUUUUAUUCACGUCUGCAUUUGAUGCUAACACAGGACUUCUCUCUUGCGUCCCGCAACCUGGAGAUGUGAUCAUCUACGAUGAAUUGAUUCAUGCUAGUGUUCACGACGGUACGCGUAUGAGUCGCGCUACGAAGAGGAUUCCAUUUUCGCAUGAUUCUAUAUCAGAAACUCAUCAAUGGCGAUGUUCUAACGGCGAGGAUGGUCAUGUGGGCCACCAGAACAAGAGCAAGAGCCAGGGGCUUGAUGAUGUUCUGAAGCAAUUAUCAGGGGAUGAGCAUGUUAUGAGCUCUAAGUCGAACGUCUUCAUCUGUAUAGAGGGUCUCUAUAGUAUGGACGGUGACGUACCGCUCCUGAAAAAGAUUGUCGAGACCGUUGAUCAAUACUUACCAUCCGGAAAUGGCUAUAUCAUAGUUGACGAAGCGCAUUCUGUCGGCGUAUUUGGCGAAAAAGGCAACGGCUUGGUUUGCAAAUUUGGUCUAGAAAACCGAAUAUGGGCAAGAGUCCUCGGGUUCGGGAAGGCGAUGGGUUGUGCUGGAGGCGCCAUUCUCUGUUCAUCUAUCACUCGCGAGUAUUUGAUAAACUACGCUAGAAGCCUCAUCUAUACGACUUCAAUGACCUUUACAUCGUUGAGUAGUAUAGAUGUAGUUUACGAAUAUCUCAUAAGCGGACAUUCCGAACCACUACGGCAGCACCUGGAGACGCUUAUUGGCCACACAUACCUUCAACUUCAUGCGCUAUGUGCUCGGUUGCACCCAGGUCGGCGCACUCUUUACAUUGAAAAGCGUCCCUCCAAAUCACCCAUCAUACCGAUCUUCACGGCCCAUCCUCGAAAUCUUGCGGAACAUUGCCAAAGACAUGGCUUCAUGGUACGACCUAUCGUAGCCCCUACUGUUCCUGCCGGGAGUGAAAGAGUAAGGAUUUGUCUACAUUCUGCCAACACACCCGAUCAGAUCGAUGGCCUAUGCGAUGCGAUUGGAAUGUGGGUACAGAGUCAGAUGGCCACGGAGAAACUUCAAUUGAGCAAGCAGCAACAUAAGCAAAUAACGUACGGAGCAGAUGUAGUCACCAAACAAGAUAAGCCUCGGCUCUAGCACCCGCAAUCUAAAAUUGAAGUCUUUUAAACUAAACAUAGUCUAAGUACGAGCAUCUACGAACUACCGCCAGUUGCAGGUGGCGGAGACUUGUCAAAACUCUUCAUUGGACCCAACCCCCAGCGGUCGAACAUCUCCUUAUCCUCAUCAUAGCCAUUGCACUCCGUCGUC